AUGAAGAAAAAUUUAUUCCUCGUAAGCGUAUUUGCAUCGCUUUUUGUUGGGACAGCUAACAACGCAUUAGCUUACCCAAUGUAUGCCCAGCAAGGGUACGAAAACCCACGUGAAGCCACUGGUCGUAUUGUUUGUGCUAACUGUCACCUUGCACAAAAACCUGUUGAUAUUGAAGUACCGCAAGCAGUACUUCCAGAUUCAGUUUUCGAAGCAGUUGUAAAAAUUCCUUACAACCAAGAAGUUAAGCAAGUUCUUGGAAAUGGGAAAAAAGGUGGCUUAAACGUUGGAGCAGUACUUAUUCUCCCUGAUGGGUUCACUAUGGCUCCCGCUGAUCGUAUGUCUGCAGAGCUUAAAGAAAAAGUUGGAAAACUUUACUUCCAGCCAUAUAGUGAAGACAAGCAAAACAUUCUUAUUGUUGGUCCAGUACCAGGUAAAAAAUAUAGUGAGAUGACUUUCCCACUUCUUUCACCUGAUCCGGCAACUAACAAGAAGGUAAAUUACCUUACUUACCCAAUUUACCUUGGUGGAAACCGUGGUCGUGGGCAAGUUUACCCAGAUGGUAGCAAAUCAAACAACACUGUUUAUAAUGCUGCAGCUGCAGGUAAAAUUGCUGCAAUUAACCCAACAGAAAAAGGAACUGAUGUUGUAAUUGAUAAGGUUGAUGGCGGCUCUGUGACUGUAGCGAUUCCGUCUGGUCCAGAUCUUUUAGUUUCAGUAGGUGACACUGUAGCCGCUGAUCAGCCAAUUACAAAUAACCCUAAUGUAGGUGGAUUUGGGCAAGGAGAGACAGAAAUUGUACUUCAAAACCCAGCUCGUCUCCAAGGGCUUGUUAUUUUCUUAGGAUUUGUACUUAUUGCACAAGUAUUCCUUGUACUCAAGAAAAAGCAAUUCGAGAAAGUACAGCUUUCAGAAAUGAACUUCUAA